GAAAAUUGGCAUUUUCCGGUCUGGCAGGUCCAACAGGGACCAUCACAUGAAGCACCAUCACCGAGGUGGAAUGCUUGCCGGUGUAGUGGGCGUCGUGGGAGGCCCGGGUUCCGGAAAGGACGAUGCCGUGUCGUUGCCGGACUCGGUUAUUGUGACGACUCGCCCUGUGCCUUUGAAGGACUUUGCUGAGCAUUAUCGCAUCAUGGCUGCCGACUCGGAUUUCCGAUUUUCCGAGGAAUACGAAGAGCUGAAGCACAUCGGAAGAGAUCAGGCGUGUACUGCCGCAGAUUUGCCCGUGAAUCGUCCGAAGAAUCGAUUCACGAAUAUUCUUCCGUACGACCAUUCGCGGUUCAAAUUGCAGCCAACUGAUGACGAAGAUGGCACAGACUACAUCAACGCCAACUACGUUUCCGGUUACAAUUCUCCCCGUGAAUUUAUUGUGACACAAGGCCCAUUGCAUUCGACACGAGACGAUUUUUGGAGAGCUUGCUGGGAAAGUGGAUCCAGGGCGAUUGUCAUGUUGACGAGAUGCAUCGAGAAAGGGAGAGAAAAGUGCGAUCAUUAUUGGCCUUAUGACACGCAGCCCGCUUACUACGGGGACAUACAGGUCAUUGUGUUGAAUGAAAGUCAGUAUCCCGACUGGACAAUCCGGGAAUUCAAGGUUACCAGGGGUGAUUCCUCGAGGAUGAUGAGGCACUAUCACUUCACGACGUGGCCUGAUUUCGGAGUCCCUGAACCGCCGCAAACUUUGGUCCGCUUUGUCAGGGCGUUCAGAGAAAGAGUCGGACCUGAACAAAAGCCCAUCGUUGUGCAUUGCAGUGCUGGAGUCGGAAGAAGUGGGACAUUCAUAGCACUGGACAGACUGCUGUUCCACAUAAAGAAAGAAGACUACGUGGACAUAUUCGGGAUGGUGUACGAGAUGCGUAAAGAACGCGUUUGGAUGGUGCAAACUGAGCAACAGUAUAUUUGCAUUCAUCAAUGCCUCCUUGCUGUGUUAGAGGGCCGAGAAAACGUGAUGCCGUUGCGCGAAAUACACCAGAACGAGGCCUUCGAAGGACUUUUCGUCUAA